AUGAAACUGACUUAUUUGGCUCUGUUUAACAAUCAACUUUCCGGCGAAGUGCCACAAAGCAUUGGCCGCCUUCCGGCGUUGCAAGUUAUAAAGUUGAUGGGCAACAAUCUAUCAGGAAAAUUGCCACCGGACUUCGGGCGACACUCAAUGCUUAGAGAAUUUAAAAUCUCAGCUAAUUGGUUUAUAGGCCAAUUGCCGGAGUAUUUAUGCGCAAACGGAGUGCUGGAAGCUGUCACAGCAUUUGACAACUAUUUGACCGGUGAAUUGCCAAGUUCACUUGGGAAUUGUUGGAGUUUGAAAGUUGUUCGGGUUCAUGGUAAUCGACUUUCUGGCCACAUUCCGGCUGGUUUAUGGACAUCAAUCAGUUUGACAUGGUUGCUGAUAAGUCACAACCAGUUUUCCGGUAAAAUUCCAGCUGGGAUUUCCUCAUUGAGGAAUUUAACUGUGUUUGAAGCAAGCAACAAUCACUUUACUGGUAAAAUUCCAAAAGAGCUAACAGAUCUUCCACUCUUGACAACUCUUUUACUUGAUCGGAAUCAGCUCUCCGGGCAUUUUCCUUCAAAAAUACUCUCAUGGAAUUCACUAACGACUUUAAGUCUCAAAAGAAACCGACUCUCCGGGAAAAUUCCAGCUGAGAUUGGUUCUUUGCCUGUGCUUAAUUAUUUGGACUUGUCGGAGAACAAAUUCUCGGGUCAAAUUCCACCUCAAGUUGGCCAAUUGAAGCUAAAUUCACUCAACCUUUCUUCUAAUCGUCUCAGAGGGAGAAUUCCAUAUCAACUUGAAACACCCUUCUUCGAUAGCAGUUUCUUAAACAAUCCUGGUCUUUGUACAAUUAACCCAUUACUGGGCCCUAAAAUUUGCCCUUCAGGAGCCAGAAAAUCUAGCAGAAUCUCCUCCCAGCUUUUAGCUAUAUUGAUAGGUAUAUCAUCAAUUGUGUUCAUUUUGGCUAUUAUAUUCACGUUAUUUGUGAUAAAAGUUCAUGGAAAGAGAGAGCUUGGAUUGGAUUUGACGUGGAAACUCACUUCAUUUCAGAGGUUGAACUUUACAGAGUCCAGCAUUUUGUCGAGCUUGACCGAAAAUUGCAUGAUAGGAAGUGGGGGGUCGGGGAAGGUGUAUCGCGUUGCUGUAAACCACUCAGGAGGUGAAUUUGUUGCUGUUAAGAGGAUUUCGAACAACAGAAAGUCGGACCAAAAUCUCGAGAAGCAAUUCCUAGCAGAAAUAGAGAUACUGGGCACAAUUCGCCACUCCAACAUAGUGAAAUUAUUGUGUUGCAUGUCAAAUGAGACCUCAAAACUUCUUGUUUACGAGUACUUGGAAAAUGGUAGCUUGGAUCAAUGGCUCCACGGAAGGGAGACGACUAGGCAGCCGGGUUCAGUCCAUCAUGUCAUCCUGGACUGGCCUAAGAGGUUCCAGAUUGCAGUUGGAGCAGCACAGGGGCUGUGCUACAUGCACCAUGACUGCUCACCACCUAUUGUCCAUCGCGAUGUGAAAUCAAGCAAUAUCUUGUUGGAUCCUGAAUUCAAUGCGAAAAUGGCAGAUUUUGGCUUAGCCAAGAUGUUGAUGAAGCAUGGCGAGCCUAAUACAAUGUCAGCUGUGGCUGGCUCGUUUGGGUACAUUGCUCCAGAGUAUGCUCACACAACAAGAGUGAACGAGAAGAUCGAUGUGUAUAGCUUUGGAGUAGUCCUUCUAGAACUAGCAACUGGAAGGAGAGCCAAUGAUGGAGACGAAGAUAUGGGUCUAGUAGAAUGGGCGUGGCAUCAAUUGCAAGAAGGCAAGUCCAUAGAAGAUGCAUUGGAUGAGGAGAUCAAGAAACCUUGUUACUUGAAGGAGAUGAGUAAUGUGUUCAAGCUCGGGAUCAAUUGUACUUGCACACUGCCUUCGACCAGGCCCACCAUGAAGGAGGUUUUGCAAAUACUGCUACUAUGCAACUGCACUGGCAUGCCGAGACGAUAA